UCAAUCCCUCGCAGCUGCGGCACCAGUGCCAUGUCCCGGACAGACUGGCAUCCCAGGAGGAGCUUGGCGGGGUGCUGGCUGCGGGGAGUCCAUGCCCGCCCACUGCUCCCCACUGUGCCCAUCUCUCGGCCAGUGGGACGGCUGCUGCUGCUGCUGCUGCCGCUGGCCUCGCUCCUGCCCUCGGCCCGGCCCGCCAGCCCCCUCCCCCGGGAGGAGGAGAUCGUGUUUCCAGAGAAGCUCAAUGGCAGCGUCCUGCCGGGUUCAGGCACCCCUGCCAGGCUUCUGUACCGCUUGCCAGCCUUUGGGGAGAUGCUGCUUCUAGAGCUGGAGCAGGACCCCGGCGUGCGGGUUGAGGGGCUGACGGUGCAGUACCUGGGCCAAGCACCUGAGCUGCUGGGAGGGGCCGAGCCAGGCACCUACCUCACCGGCACUGUCAACGGAGAUCCGGAGUCGGUGGCAUCUCUGCACUGGGACGGGGGAGCCCUGUUAGGGGUGCUGCAGUAUCGGGGGACCGAACUCCACAUCCAGCCCCUGGAGGGAGGCACCCUUAACUCUGCCGGGGGUCCUGGGGCUCACAUCCUCCGCCGGAAGAGUCCUGCCAGCAGCCAGGGCCCCAUGUGCAACGUCAAGGCUCCUCCCGGGAAUCCCAGCCCCAGCCCUCGAAGAGCCAAGCGCUUCGCUUCGCUGAGUAGAUUUGUGGAGACGCUGGUCGUGGCGGACGACAAGAUGGCAGCGUUUCACGGUGCAGGGCUGAAGCGUUACCUGCUGACAGUCAUGGCCGCCGCCGCCAAGGCCUUCAAGCACCCCAGCAUCCGCAACCCAGUCAGCUUGGUGGUGACGCGGCUCGUGAUUUUGGGGCCGGGCGAGGAAGGGCCUCAGGUGGGACCCAGUGCCGCCCAGACCCUGCGCAGCUUCUGCGCCUGGCAGCGGGGACUCAACACCCCCGAGGACUCGGACCCUGACCACUUUGACACAGCCAUCCUGUUCACCCGGCAGGACCUGUGUGGGGUCUCCACCUGCGACACUCUGGGCAUGGCUGACGUGGGCACUGUGUGUGACCCGGCUCGGAGCUGUGCUAUCGUGGAGGACGACGGGCUCCAGUCGGCCUUCACUGCUGCUCACGAACUGGGUCAUGUCUUCAACAUGCUCCAUGACAACUCAAAACCAUGUGUCGGUCUGAAUGGGCCUGGGAGCACCUCCCGCCACGUCAUGGCUCCUGUGAUGGCCCAUGUGGACCCCGAGGAGCCCUGGUCCCCCUGCAGUGCCCGCUUCAUCACUGACUUCCUGGACAACGGCUACGGGCACUGUCUCUUAGACAAGCCAGCAGCUCCCCUGCAUCUGCCUGUGACUUUCCCUGGCAAGGACUAUGACGCCGAUCGCCAGUGUCAGCUGACCUUUGGGCCCGACUCACGCCAUUGUCCCCAGCUGCCACCGCCCUGUGCUGCUCUCUGGUGUUCCGGCCAUCUCAACGGCCAUGCCAUGUGCCAGACCAAGCAUUCACCCUGGGCUGAUGGCACUCCCUGCGGGCCGUCGCAGGCCUGCAUGGGGGGCCGCUGCCUCCACGUGGACCAGCUGCAGGACUUUAAUAUCCCCCAGGCUGGUGGCUGGGGCCCCUGGGGGUCAUGGGGCGACUGCUCUCGGAGCUGCGGUGGUGGCGUCCAGUUCUCGUCCCGGGACUGCACGCGGCCAGUCCCCCGGAAUGGUGGCAAGUACUGCGAGGGUCGCCGCACCCGCUUCCGUUCCUGCAACACCCAGGACUGCCCAACUGGCUCAGCACUGACCUUCCGUGACGAGCAGUGUGCCGCUUUCAACCACCGCACUGACCUCUUCAAGAGCUUCCCAGGGCCCAUGGAUUGGGUCCCUCGCUACACGGGGGUAGCCCCCCGGGACCAGUGCAAGCUCACCUGCCAGGCCCGGGCCCUGGGCUACUACUACGUGCUGGAACCACGGGUAGUAGAUGGGACUCCCUGUUCCCCGGACAGCUCGUCGGUCUGUGUCCAGGGCCGCUGUAUCCAUGCAGGCUGUGACCGUGUCAUUGGCUCCAAAAAGAAGUUUGACAAGUGCAUGGUGUGCGGUGGGGAUGGUUCCAGCUGCAGUAAACAGUCUGGCUCCUUCAGAAAAUUCAGGUACGGAUACAACAACGUGGUCACUAUCCCCGCGGGGGCCACGCAUAUCCUGGUCCGGCAGCAGGGGCCCCCUGGGGUCCGCAGUCUCUAUCUGGCCCUAAAGCUUCCAGAUGGCUCCUACGCCCUCAACGGAGAGUACACGCUGAUGCCCUCGGCCACGGACGUGGUCCUGCCCGGGGGGGUCAGCCUCCGCUACAGCGGGGCCACGGCAGCCUCCGAGACGCUGGCCGGCCACGGGCCCCUGGCCCAGCCGCUCACGCUGCAGGUCCUGGUGGCCGGCAACCCCCAGAACGCUCGCCUGCGCUACAGCUUCUUCGUGCCCCGGCCAGCGCCGUCCACACCCCGCCCCCCUCCGCAGGACUGGCUGCACCGCAAGGCUCAGAUUCUGGAGAUCCUCCGGCGGCGCCCCUGGGCGGGCAGGAAAUAACCUCAUCCUCCCCGCUGCCCUUGCCGGGCACCGGGGCCUCGG